AUGUCUGCUCCAAAAGCCGUAGCGCCUGCGCCCCAUACGAAGGCUUUCAAUGACAAGGGCAAGCCUAUGGAAGUUCGCCUGUCGAACAUGGUCGCCGCAAAAGCGAUCAGCGACGCGGUUAGGACGUCUCUCGGCCCGAGAGGAAUGGACAAGAUGAUCCAAACGUCCAAGGGCGAGGUCAUCGUCACAAACGACGGCGCGACCAUCUUGAAGAGCAUCCAGGCCUUACACCCGGCCUCUAAGAUGCUCGUCGAUCUCUCCGCCGCACAAGACGUCGAAGCCGGUGACGGCACGACCUCCGUAGUCGUUCUGGCCGGCAGCUUCCUGGGUGCUGCAGAGAAGAUGCUUGAGAAGGGCAUCCACCCGACCAUCAUCGCCGAGUCGUUCUUGAAAGCGUCCGCAAAGGCCGUCGAGUUCUUGGAGGAGAUGGCCACGCCGAUCGACUUGAACGAUAUGCAGACUCUGACGCGCGUCGCUAGCACGUCUUUGAACUCCAAGAUCGUCUCGCAAUACUCGUCCACUCUCGCGCCCAUCGCCGUCAAAGCCGUCACGCGCCUCGUCACGCCCACUUCGUCCAACGUCGACCUGCGCGACAUCCGCAUCGUGAAGAAGGUCGGCGGCACGAUCGAAGACACCGAGCUCAUCGACAACGGCGUCGUGCUCAACCAGAACGUCGUCACGUCCGCCGGCGGCCCCACAAGAAUAGAAAAGGCCAAAAUCGGCCUCAUCCAGUUCCAGCUAUCCGCGCCCAAGCCCGACAUGGACAACACGGUCGUGAUCAACGACUACCGCCAGAUGGACAAAGUGAUCAAAGAGGGCCGCGCCUACCUCCUCAACAUCUGCAAGAAGAUCAAAAAGAGCGGCUGCAACGUGCUCCUCAUCCAAAAGUCCAUCCUGCGCGACGCCGUGGACGAAACAUCUUUGAACUUCCUCAAGCGCCUCAACAUCCUCGUCGUGAAGGACGUCGAGCGCGACGAGAUCGAGUUUUUGAGCAAGAGUCUCGGGUGCAAGCCUGUCGCGGAUAUCGAGGCGUUCUCUGAGGAUAAGCUCGGGUAUGCGGAUUUGGUCGAGGAGGACAGUCAUAUGGGCGGCGCGAAGGUUUGUAAGAUCACCGGGCUGAAGGCGAAGGGACGGACGGUUAGUAUUUUGGCGAUGGGGAGCAAUAAUCUGGUGUUGGAGGAGUGCGAGCGGAGUAUACACGACGCGCUGUGCGUCGUGCGGUGUCUCGUCAAGAAGCGGGCUCUCAUCGGCGGCGGCGGCGCACCCGAGAUCCACGUCUCGCGCAUGCUCUCGCAGUACGCGCACUCGCUCAAGGGCAUGGAAGCGUACUGCUUCGCAGCGUACGCCGACGCGCUCGAGGUCAUCCCCACAACGCUCGCCGAGAACGCGGGACUGAACCCGAUCUCGAUCGUCACGGAGUUGCGCAACAGGCAUUCGCUCGGCGAGCGCAACGCCGGGAUCAACGUCAAGCGGGGCAUGAUCUCGAAUAUCUUGGAGGAGGACGUCGUGCAGCCGUUGUUAGUGUCGACGAGCGCAAUCGAGCUGUCGACGGAGACUGUUACGCUGUUGUUGAAGAUCGACGAUUACGUGCAGACUCGAUGA